UAAGACGGAAGAUACCAAAAUAAAACCAGGAAGUGGUUUUCUGCUUUCACUACAUUGCCCGUGGUGCCCCUGGGCAUUCCGUUGGUCCUACGUCACAUGUUUUCCUCCCUCACGCGGCGUGUCCAUCGGGCGGAAUCAUGGCAGACGAGGAGGACUCGGCGCCGGAGCCUGCAGCUGUCUCUCCCCCGGAGACCCCUCGCUCUGAGCGGCCUCACUCUGUCUCUUUCUCCGAGAGUGUCCAGCCGGCCGUCGGGAUGGUGAGCCAGCUGCUAACCCAGCCGUCGUCCCUGAAGUUUGAUAAAAACAUCAAACAGGCCUUCUACAACACGGGGGCGAUGAUCUUUGUGGCUAUCUGCUGCGGGGCGGCGGUGUUAGUCUACUUCAUCCUGGAGGCCUUCCUCCGCCCGCUGCUCUGGGCCGUACUCUGCGGUACCUUCCUCCACCCCUUCAAGUACUCCCUGGCCCGGCUCGGCCGGUCGUGGCUCAGCGGUCUCCAGGAAACCGGUACGCCCAUCGUGCUGGGUACGCUGCUUGUUCCGGUGUGGUGUGUGAACUAUGGGGUGGAGGCGAUGGGCAGGCUGGUGCUGGAGAAGCUCACGAUGCUGCUGGUGAUCGGGGCCGGGGCACCGCUGGUCUACUUCUUCUACCUGUUCUGGAGCGUCAUUGGCAUGCAGGUGAUCCUCGGACACGUCUGUGGGAUCAUCGGCGCCGUGCUGGACUAUUUCCACACCGUGUGGGUGUGCACCGUGGUUUUUGGCUACUUGCUGGCGGUUUGUUUCAAGUGGGGUCCCAGCACCGAGCGCUACCUGAGAGCUCUGGCUCUUCCGGUCUGGACUGUCCUGCUCUUCUACAUUGUGUCUCUGACCGGCUCGUGGAGAGUGCCCAUGUUUGUGGUUGUGGUGAUACUCAUCAUUGUCGGCUCCCAGGAGAAACCACCUGUCCCUGGCAGAGGAGAGCUGUCCGGGCAGGUGCUGUCAUUUGCUGCUAACACUAUUUAUAUGGCGAUCUCCUGUAGCAACCUUCAGAUGAAAAGUGAGCCCCGCGAACGCUCUACUACAGAUGGGGUACAGUCUGUCGGCCCCCUUCCUGCAACGCCGGGAUUUCCUCGAGGCUCUCGUUCAUUACCAAGCGGCCUCUUCCAGAAAGAGAAGAGCUCCCAGAGAGCCAGCGAUAUCUACUUUAUUCUCCUGGUCUGGGCCAUUGUACUGGUUCAGGUCUGGCUCAACCUCUGGAUCCUACAACUGCUGCCUAUCCCUGUGGCUGUGUGGGUGCUGAAGAAGCUGGUGGUCCACUUUGGCCUGAAGAGCUUUGCUGAGAGGACUCUCACCUCGUGGUGGGUGGUGCUGGAGAAGCUCGGACGUGAGCGAGAAGAGGCCCUGCUGCCAGGACCAAUCAAAGGCUUGGCUCAGUUCCUGCUGCGUAUCGACACUAAGCUCUGGCAUUGGCUUAACAAGCAGAUGGUCGUGUGGUUGGAGCGAUCUCUUGAUAAAAUCAUCAGCAUCUUCAUCAUCUUCCUCCUGGUCACGGGGACCCUGCUCAUGGCUCUGCUGCUCACUGCUAUGGUUCAUCAUGAAAGCGUUCACAUCAUCGACGUAACCAGUAACCUCAUCAACGAGACAGUGUCAAACCAUCCAGAAUGGGCCAAUUUGCUUCCAGAAGCUCGUGUGGUGCAGAAGGCCUUGAAUUCAGCUGCUACUAAUGUCUAUCAACACGGUCGAGAAUGGAUAACACAAAAGCUUCAUAAGAUGUUAGGGGACAAGGUGAACCACACAGCUGUGAUUGAGAAACAGGUUCUGGAGCUUUGGGACAGACUGUACCACUCCUGGUUUGUGAAGAACACGACCCACCCUGGACGCCUGCGUGGUCAUAAGCUGAUGGCUCAGAGACAGAACAGCUGGCUCGUCGACAUACUGGACUGGAAGGACAUCGCCUCCUUUCUGCAGGAGAAUAUUGAGACUCUGCUGUCUAUCCUGGAGUCUCUGUGGGUGGUAAUGAGCAGAAAUGUUGGACUCCUCAUCUCCACCACGACCACACUCUUCACCGUCUUGUUCCACAGCGGCACGGCACUGCUCAACUUCGCCCUGAGUCUGGUGAUUUUCCUCACCACUCUCUUCUACCUGCUGAGCUCCAGUGGUGAAUACUACAAACCUGUCAAAUGGGUGAUCAGCCUGACCCCCCUCUCCCAGCCGGGACCUUCCUCAAAUAUCAUAGGCCAGUCUGUAGAGGAGGCCAUCAGAGGAGUGUUUGAUGCCUCUCUGAAAAUGGCCGGCUUCUACGGCCUCUACACGUGGCUCACUCACACCAUCUUUGGCAUCAACAUUGUCUUCAUUCCUUCUGCCCUGGCUGCCAUCUUGGGUGCGGUGCCGUUCCUGGGGACCUACUGGGCAGCGGUGCCGGCAAUGUGCGACCUGUGGUUGGUGCAGGGCGAAGGCGUCAAGGCCGUGCUGCUGCUGAUCUGCCAUCUCCUUCCAACGUAUUUUGUAGAUACAGCUAUCUACUCAGACAUAUCAGGGGGUGGACACCCGUAUCUGACAGGUCUGGCGGUGGCAGGCGGAGCAUACUAUCUGGGUCUGGAGGGCGCCAUCAUUGGGCCCAUCCUCCUCUGUAUCCUGGUAGUUGCAGCCAACAUCUACAGUGCCAUGCUGAUGAGCCCCAGCUCUGCAGUGCCGACACCGGUGCAGUCCAGCUGGCCGCUCCACCCCCUCAGGACCUUCCCAGACUCCACCCCCACUGUCCUGAAGAAGACCAGUGAGUGAUAGAGCACGAGGGUGUGUCCUUGUGGAACGUUUCCUAUUGGCUGAUUCCUCUGGGAAGUACCCCUCCUCCCUACGCCGCCUGGCUCUACAGGAGUCGGCCCAUCCCGACCAAGAAGAGGAUGGCGGCGUAGUGUGGCUGGUCACCCAUGAUGCCGUCUGUUCACCAGAGCCGUUUCUCUGAGCAAAACGGCACCGGCUGCUCUCACUCAAGACCCUAAAAUUUACCAAUGUGAGCGCAACGUGGACCAACAACAUCACAUUGGGCUUUCUGAUCUGAAUGACGGAGAUGUUGAUGCGAAAGUCAUCAUCUCUCAGAACUCGGUGCCUAAAUUGAUUUUGUAAUAUUUAAAAAUGGUUACAACUUACAAUCCGGUUUGUGGUGAAUUGUAAGCUGAUCGAUUUUUCUUUUUUUCCUCUGAUUUCCAUCCUGCACACCCCGGCUGUGUUACAGUGUGUGGUCGUGCAGUGUUUGUACUCCCUACCUCUCUCCUUAAUGGAGGCUUAAGUAGAAUUUGUGGUGAAGGCUGGUUUGUGUAAAGUUGAACUGAACACUUAGUCUUAAAGUUCUCACGCCUGGCUCAAGAGAAGUUUUUUUUUUUGUUUUUGUUUUACUUCAUGUGUCAUAGCAUCGUAGCUGCAGCACUAAAGCCUUGACCAGGUGUUGUUGCCACUGUUUUUUUUAAAUCUGUUCAGUUCACUUAUAGCAAAUACUUUUUAAUAGCUGCAGGUUUAGAAUCAUGACUUCAUUUUGUUUUUCAACACACUGUGAGUUCACAUGCAUCCGUACGUGCAAUGCAAGCUUUUCAUUUUUCAACACGCUUAGCUCAUAUGUCAGUAUUCACGCACACGUUGAAGCAAUAUCCCUAUACUGUUGAGUCUGACUGCCAUUGCCAUCAGUUGUUUUUUUGACCUCAAAUCCAUUAGAAAUGUUUUUAUGUUUUUGUUUUUUCCUGCACUUACUUAACUCGCCUCAUACUUAGACUACAGUCGGAGCACUUUUCUGAAGAGAGUAUGAAGUAGUUUACAUCUCUUGAAGCUUUAAUAAACGAGCUGUACAGAUGAAUUGUGUGUGUAAUGUGACACAUUGAUCAUACAUGGCUACUGUGUUAGCUGCCUGCGUUAGCUGGGAGGGGCUGGGAUGUGUUCUGUGAUGGAACGAACGUGUAGUUUAGCAACGGUUUCACUGUUUUAUCUAAAUUACUGUUUUCAUUUGGUACUGUUUUAUUACUGGUUAUACACUGACACAAUAAACUUCAUUUAAACUGCC